AUGUCCAACCAAAACUCCAACCAAAACGCGAGCCAACAGCCGCAGCCGGCCACGAGCGCCGUUACAUUUCACUUUUUGCACUACGUUCACAACGUUGGGUUCGUGGACGAGUCACAGCUGGCUAGAUACUCUCCCCAGUACGCCGCUUUGAUCUUCUUGACGCCGCCAUCGUCGCCAGGGCCGCAGCCCGCGCCCGCUACGGAGGUAACCUUUGUCUACGAGUCACCCAGCACGGGUGAUAAUGACGUGAUGGAGAUAAUGAUUCGGCCAGCCGAGUCGAAAAUGGAGCCGGAAACUGGGUCGGAAACGGCGCGGAAGAAGUCCGAGGAGAAGGAGGAGACGGUGCCAGAAAUGCAGGAGCCGUCGCAAGUGGCUACUCCUCGAUCUGAGUAG